AUGGAUGCGUCGUGGACGACAUUCAUGAGCAUGACGGGACCAUCAUCCGCCAGUGCUUCAAGCAGUUCGGGCCAGAUGGCACAGGAGAGCGAGAAGAAACCCGUCAAGGUCUCUCGCAUGCGAACGCCGCUGUCGUCCAAAGCCACGCCGUUUCGCUCCAAAACAGCAGGGUACUGUGCCACCAUGAAGGCUGGAUUUGCUGACUCCAUGAUCUACCCAUACAGCCCUGAGUUGCAAGACUAUGCGCGGAUCCUAGAAUGGGUUCAGAGCAAAGAGAGCACGCUUGGACUCGCAGGCGGCAACAUGCGCAGUCCGAGGUGGAGUGAGCUUGAAGCGUGGCCCUCUGCCAGAACACUGCCAGAGCCUGUGCCCGCACUUGCUCUUGAGCACGUGGGUGAACUGUCGGAUCGGAACAUGGAGCCGAUGGAGCCGAUCCAGCCUCUCCAGGGUAUCCGGAGAGACUCCUUCGAGGCCCCUUGCCUAAUGCGCCGACAGCUUCCUCUUCAUGUCAAGCGGACGUUCAUACACUACGACGACCAUGAACUGGAGCUUGCGCAGACGGAUGGGGGCGGACCUAAGAGAACCAGGCGUCCCCAGCGAUCGGAAUCAGCGCCAGCAAGAUUGCUUUCACGGCAAGCUGGUCAAAUCAUUCAGGCACACAUCAACGGCACAUGCAAGCCUUGCGGCUAUUUCUUUGCCAAAGCAGAUGGGUGUCGGUGGCACAACAACUGCACGUUUUGUCACCUAUGCCCACCUGGAGAGCUGAAGCGACGAAAGAAGCAGAAGCGCGCCAUGCUGAAAGCAAGGAAUGGUGCUCAGGCGCAGAACAGCCGCUUGCUUGUCAAAAAUUGA